UUUAGUCUUGCCAAGAUGGAGAGUCUCAGGCGGGCCUUCUGAGCUGCUGCUUGUCACUGGGGACAACCACGUGCACGCAGUGCUGAGGCGCCCCACGCGCGUCCUCAGGGGAAGCCACGCACUGAGAACAAAGGUUGUAGGACCGCUCUUUCAGGAACGCACCAGCUCCGCGAGCUCGCGGCAGCCAGCGCGGUCCACCCAUUGGCGGGAGCGGACUAACCGCCUGCUCCGCAGCGGGACCGCGUAGACCUCAGCUCCCAGAGCAGCGCAGGUGGGCCAGGGAAGGAGGGAACCCAGGUCUGCACAAGGACCAUGGGCGCCGCGCUGGGGACAGGCACGCGGCUGGCUCCCUGGCCGGGCCGGGCCUGCGGCGCCCUCCCGCGCUGGGCACCCUCCACGCCCGCCCAAGGCUGCCACUCCAAGCCCGGCCCGGCGCGCCCUGUGCCCCUGAAGAAGCGCGGAUACGAUGUCACCAGGAACCCUCAUCUCAACAAGGGGAUGGCCUUUACCCUUGAAGAAAGACUGCAGCUUGGAAUCCACGGCUUAAUCCCACCCUGCUUUCUGAGUCAGGAUGUCCAGCUCCUCCGAAUCAUGAGAUAUUAUGAGCGGCAGCAGAGUGACCUGGACAAGUACAUAAUUCUCAUGACACUCCAAGACCGGAACGAGAAGCUCUUCUACCGAGUGCUGACUUCAGAUGUGGAGAAGUUCAUGCCUAUCGUGUACACACCUACCGUGGGGCUGGCCUGUCAGCACUAUGGCCUCACCUUCCGCAGGCCCCGUGGACUGUUCAUCACCAUUCAUGACAAGGGCCAUCUUGCAACAAUGCUGAACUCUUGGCCAGAAGACAAUAUUAAGGCCGUGGUGGUGACUGAUGGGGAGCGCAUCCUGGGCCUGGGAGACCUGGGCUGCUACGGCAUGGGCAUCCCUGUGGGCAAGCUGGCCCUGUACACAGCGUGCGGAGGAGUGAACCCACAGCAGUGCCUCCCUGUGCUACUGGAUGUCGGCACCAACAAUGAGGAGCUGCUCAGAGACCCUCUGUACAUCGGCCUGAAACACCAGCGUGUGCGCGGGAAGGCGUACGAUGACUUGCUGGACGAGUUCAUGCAGGCUGUGACAGACAAGUUUGGAAUAAAUUGCCUCAUCCAAUUUGAAGACUUUGCAAAUGCCAAUGCCUUCCGCCUUCUCAACAAAUACCGCAACAAGUACUGCAUGUUCAAUGAUGAUAUCCAAGGCACAGCCUCCGUUGCUGUGGCAGGGAUCCUGGCUGCUCUGCGAAUCACCAAGAACAAGCUUUCCAAUCACGUGUUUGUUUUCCAAGGUGCAGGCGAGGCAGCUAUGGGCAUUGCCCACCUCCUUGUCAUGGCCCUAGAGAAAGAAGGUGUACCGAAGGCAGAGGCCACAAGAAAGAUCUGGAUGGUGGACUCUAAAGGGCUCAUUGUCAAGGGGAGGAGCCACCUGAACCAUGAAAAGGAGAUGUUUGCCCAAGACCAUCCUGAAGUGAACUCCCUGGAGGAGGUGGUGAGGCUGGUGAAGCCCACAGCCAUCAUAGGUGUUGCUGCCAUCGCAGGAGCCUUCACGGAGCAGAUUCUGAGGGACAUGGCCUCCUUCCACGAGCGCCCUAUCAUCUUUGCCCUGAGCAACCCCACCAGCAAGGCCGAGUGCACGGCUGAGAAGUGCUACCGGGUCACCGAGGGCCGGGGGAUUUUUGCCAGUGGAAGUCCUUUUAAGAGUGUGACUCUGGAAGAUGGCAAGACCUUCAUUCCUGGGCAGGGAAACAAUGCUUACGUGUUCCCUGGGGUGGCACUGGGAGUCAUCGCCGGCGGGAUCCGGCACAUCCCAGAUGAGAUCUUCCUCCUGACAGCAGAGCAAAUUGCCCAGGAAGUCUCUGAGCAGCAUCUGUCCCAAGGGAGACUGUACCCACCACUGAGCACCAUCCGAGACGUGUCUUUGAGAAUUGCCAUCAAAGUUCUCGACUACGCGUACAAACACAACCUGGCUUCCUACUACCCAGAGCCUAAGGACAAGGAGGCUUUUGUAAGAUCCCUGGUCUACACUCCAGACUAUGACUCCUUUACACUGGACAGCUAUACUUGGCCCAAGGAAGCCAUGAAUGUUCAGACGGUCUGAUGCAGUCUCAGAGCCUGGUAUGGGGCUAGAUGAAGCCCAGAGUAACACCCACAAUAUAAAUGGGUUCCAAAAUGGCCCAAGUGAAUCCUUGUCGCUGUGUUUUUUCUUUUAAACUUUCUGGUAUGAGAGGAGAUGCCAAGGCAUACAGUGAAUAAAAGCCUUGUCUCUGAA